AUGCCACAGCAGUCGGCACACAACUCCGCACAACGAAUGGUUGAAGACGUUGAGGGUGCUCCGAGGCAACAGCCGCAAGGCGGACAAAUGCAGUUCAGUGCUGGAGGUGAGUCUAUUUUCUAGUAUUUUCUCAGUUACAGUUUCAGAACCACGUGUACGUGGAUGCACUGAAGUCUUCUGCAUUGCUCUCUCAUACAUUCUCGUUUUCCUCACUUUUCCCGUCUCCAUCUGCAUGUGCAUCAAGGUACUGUUCACUUUUUUGAAUUAAUAGUUCCUUCGCAAGUUUUCCUUAGAUUGUGCAAGAGUACCAACGCGCCGUAGUGUUCCGUCUUGGUCGUCUGAUUCCUGAAGUCAAAGGUCCUGGAAUCUUCUUCAUCAUCCCGUGCAUCGACAAUUUCAUCAAUAUUGACCUGCGUGUGGUUUCUUACAACGUACCAUCACAAGAGGUUUGGUUACGCAAUCAUCUGCAUAUCCGAUAGUAAUUCCCCUCUUCAGAUCCUCUCUCGAGAUUCGGUUACCGUUUCUGUUGACGCAGUUGUCUAUUUCAAGGUGUUCGAUCCAAUUACUUCGGUAUUUACAGCAAUAGAUUUGAACUGAUUUGAACAUGAAAUAAUCUUCAGGUGAUCGGAGUCGAAAAUGCUACAGAAUCGACGAAACUGCUCGCCCAGACCACUCUUCGUACCAUCCUCGGUACUCACACCCUUUCAGAAAUACUCUCGGCUCGUGAAAAGAUUUCCGCCGACAUGAAGAUCUCCCUCGAUGAGGCCACCGAACCAUGGGGCAUCAAGGUGGAGCGUGUGGAGCUCCGUGACGUCCGUCUCCCAAACCAGAUGCAACGCGCUAUGGCUGCUGAGGCCGAGGCUACGCGUGAUGCCGGAGCAAAGGUUCGCAGACAAAAUGGGUUUAGAGCAAUUAGGAUGGAUCCAUACCAAUUAAUUUCAGAUUAUCGCUGCCGAAGGAGAACUCAAAGCGUCUGCCGCCCUCGCCGAGGCUGCUACCAUCAUUUCGAAAUCCGAGGGAGCGAUGCAACUGCGUUACCUCCAUACUCUCAAUGCUAUCAGGUAGCUCAUGAGUCAUCUGAAAUCGUCUAAAACAAUGUCGGGUUUACAGUUCGGAAAAGACAAACACGAUUAUUUUCCCGUUCCCGAUCGAGAUUCUCGGCGGAAUCAACACAAACGGAUCGAAGGUCGGUCCAUCGUCAGGCUUUCCCGCCCAAGAAAUGAUUCAAGCCGCUCUCCAAUCCUUUCAACUACCUGCAGCUGGAACAGGCGGCCCAGGCACCGCUUCCUCGGGAGCCAGUCGUCUCUAA